AUGACUUCAAUUUUGACCCGACUUAAGACCCUUUUAGGGGCCACACCCUCCCUUCAAUCAUUCGAGAAAAUUGGGAUUGUAACUGAGGGAGAUGACUUCACGAGUGACAAGAUUUUGCUCCAGUAUCUCAGUGACAACCCGAUCAAUCGCUAUGUCUCAGAGCCGGAUGCAUGGGCAUCGGCUGAGAUUGGGAGCAACCAGCAAUAUAGAUUUGAUUUCACACUUGUCUACCUAGGCUUCAACGGUCCCAAACGUUGGCUCGUAGCAAAUGGUCUGCUUUACUCGGAUUCAGAUGCUUUGAUUGUGGUCUUCGACCCCUUGAACCCAUGGGUCCUCGAUUCACUCAGGCUGUGUCUGGAGCUGUCUGCAAAGGGAGCUGUCAAUUCUAAACCAAAUGAUUUCUACCCUACCGUGAAGAAAGGGAUUCCAUGGUUAGUUCUGGCUAAUUUCAAAGAAGAGCCAUUGGAUGAAGAGAAAGCCCGGGAACAGGUCAAAGUACUAAAAUUGGAUACACUAGAUGUGGACUGGCAUCUUCAUGCAGUCUCUACAGCUUCAGGUGCCGGUAUUGAUGAUGCGGCGUCGGUACUUCGAAAGAAGUUGGAUGAACCUGGCUCAAAAUGGUAG